AUGGCCUAUAUAAAAGAGACGUAUUUCGUACGACUUCCUGAUCCCUUUGCGGUUGUAACUGUAGACGGUGAACAGACACAUACUACAACCGUGGCUAAGAAAACUUUGAAUCCGUAUUGGAAUGAGAGUUUUGACAUACAAGUAACAAAUCAAAGCGUAAUUGCAGUUCAAAUAUUUGACCAAAAAAAGUUUAAAAGGAAGGACCAAGGAUUUUUAGGCGUAAUCAACGUUCAAGUAGGAGAUGUAUUUGACCUUGACGUUAACACUGAUAGCGAUGAGAUGUUGACAAGAGAUUUGAAAAAAUCAAAUGCAAAUGAAGUAGUACACGGUAAACUCAUUAUCAGCUUAUCAACAAAUGUAAAUACAUCGCCUCCACAUCCUGCUGUAAGAGACAAUUUGAAUUCCAUGUCAAAUCAUACGCGUUCGGAUUCUAUUGCAUCAUCAUCCAACUCAAAUUCAAAUCAGAGAGCUAGUUUUGUCGAAACUUCACGGCCUAUGAGUUUGUCUAAUUCGACACCGUCAGCAGCCAACGGGAAUGCAGUACCAGGACCAAGCACAACUUCUGGAGGUAAUUCAGCAAGAGCAUUUAGUCACAUGGAAGACCACGCACCAUUACCUCCAGGAUGGGAACGUCGUGUAGAUCAUCUUGGACGUACAUAUUAUGUCGACCAUAAUACACGAACUACCACAUGGUCAAGACCAUCGAUGAAUGCAACCGCAACUCAGCGGCUGCAAGAACAUCAAAAUAUAACGGAAAUGGAACGCCGUAGACAUAAUAACCGCACACUCCCUGAAGAACGUCCAACAGGUUCCUCAUCUAUGCCCAGCAAUGCAUCAUCAACAUCUAUUUCAGGAUCUGGUGCUGAAGCAUCUACAAGUACUGCUAACAUGACGUUAGCUCCUGUGGGGCAUGUUGGAACAACAACAGCCGGCUUCGGACCAUUGCCUUCUGGUUGGGAACAAAGAACUACACCGGAAGGUAGACCAUAUUUUGUGGAUCAUAACACAAGAACAACUACUUGGGUAGAUCCUCGUAGACAACAAUAUAUUAGGAUGUAUGGUGGAAAUGCAAACAAUGUUACCAUUCAGCAGCAACCCGUAUCUCAACUAGGACCACUGCCAUCUGGCUGGGAAAUGCGUUUGACAAGUACAGCCAGAGUAUAUUUUGUAGAUCACAAUACAAAAACUACUACAUGGGACGAUCCUCGAUUACCUAGCAGCUUAGAGUCUCAACCUGCUCUUCGACCCGUACCUGGUCAAUGUCACAUUAAAGUCCGACGCGAAUUUAUUUUUGAAGAUGCUUAUUCAGAAAUCAUGCGACAACAACCACAAGAUCUUAAAAAACGAUUGAUGAUUAAAUUUGAAGGUGAAGACGGAUUGGAUUACGGUGGUUUAUCUAGAGAAUUUUUCUUUUUGCUUUCUCAUAAAAUGUUCGAUCCAUUCUAUUGCCUUUUUGAAUAUUCGGCUCAUGAUAACUAUACCCUCCAAAUUAAUCCUCACUCGGGUAUCGAUCCUCAACAUCUUAAUUAUUUUAAAUUUAUUGGACGAGUGGUCGGGCUUGCUAUUUUCCAUCGUCGAUUUUUAGAUGCAUUUUUCAUUACAUCAUUUUAUAAAAUGAUUCUAAAGAAAAAAGUUGGAUUACCUGAUAUGGAGAGUGUAGAUGCCGAUUUCUAUAGGAGUUUAACAUGGGCUUUAGAGAGUAAUAUUACUGAUGUCUUGGAUCUAACAUUUUCCACCGAGGACGAACGCUUUGGCGAAGUUGUGACGGUUGAUUUGAAACCAGAUGGUCGCAAUAUUCCAGUAACGGAAGAAAAUAAGAAAGAAUAUAUAGAGCUCAUUACUGAAUGGCGUAUUUCUAAACGUGUUGAGGAUCAAUUUAAAGCAUUUAUGGAAGGAUUUAAUCAACUUAUACCACAAGAGUUGAUUUCAGUGUUUGACGAGCGUGAAUUAGAGUUACUUAUUGGAGGUAUCGCUGAAAUUGAUGUUGACGAUUGGAAGAAACAUACCGAUUACCGAGGAUAUACAGAAUCAGAUGACAUUAUACAGUGGUUCUGGAAGUGCGUACGGUCAUGGGACGGCGAAAAGAAAUCGCGUCUAUUGCAAUUCACUACCGGAACAUCUCGCAUUCCCGUUAACGGGUUCAAAGACUUACAGGGAAGUGAUGGACCUCGUAGAUUCACAAUUGAAAAAGCGGUAGAUAUCACUCAGUUGCCGAAGAGUCAUACCUGCUUUAACCGUAUUGAUUUGCCACAAUAUAAGACCUAUGAAGUAUUGGUAUCUAAAUUAACAUUAGCCGUCGAAGAAACUGUGGGAUUUGGACAAGAAUAA